CGCACACACAGAGCGCGCAGAAAUCUUCAGCAUCACGGUGCGCACAGAGCUGCUGCAGGCACGAGAGGGAUAGAUAGCGCGUGCAUUUUAAAACCCAGACAGUGAAAAAAGAUAAAGAGAAGGAAGGAGAGAUUAUAGUUGAUAUUAUUGUUAUUGUUAGAUUUCUGUUUAGUAAUAAAGGAGGAGGUUCGCGAGGAUGGGAAAUAAGAGCGCGUUCGUGUUAAUGACGUUGUUGACGUGGUGCGCGUGGAGUGGAGCGCAGGGUCUGGCUAUGACGGAGGUUAACGGUCCGGUGGGAGGCCCCCUGGUGUUGGAGCCUCAGAUUGCGAUGUUCUGUGGUCGUCAGCUUCUGCACCUGAACACAGGGACAGGUCAAUGGGAGCCUGACCCUCAGGGCCGUCAGGGUUGUUUCACCCAGCCAAGCAAGAUCCUGUCCUACUGUCAAGAGAUGUACCCAGGUUUGCAGAUCACGCAUGUUGAAGAAGCUUCCACUCCUGUGACCAUCCCAGCAUGGUGUAAGAAGGGAUGGGGUCAUUGCCAGACUCGACCUUUUAUUGUCGUCCCUUAUCGCUGUUUGGUAGGCGAGUAUGUGAGCGAGGCUCUUCUGGUUCCAGACCGCUGCCGUUUUUUGCACCAGGAGCAAAUGGACACCUGUGAGAGCUAUGUCUACUGGCAUAACAUCGCCAAGGAGGCGUGCACAGCAGACAAUCUGGAGCUCCACAGUUACGGCAUGCUGUUACAAUGUGGCGAUCAUUUUCGGGGUGUAGAGUACGUCUGCUGUCCAGGAAGAGGUGGAGCCAGUGGGCGUGGUGAAUAUGAGGGCGGAGACAGUGCACAGGGAGCGACUCCGCCUUUAGUUUCGCUGGCUAGUGAGGGAGAGACCACCAGCGUGAAGGUGACCCCUUCCACCCCCAGCCCCUCCCCCGAAACAGACAUGGAGGAGGACGACAUGGAGGAGGAAGAGGAAGCCGUGGAGGAGGAAGACAUUGAAGAAGAUGAGGAUGAUGAAGAUGACGAAGAGGUAGCCCCCACAACGGUGAAGGAUCCAGAGGAGUACGAGUACUCCAUCGACUCAGGCACCUAUCAGGCUUCUGACUAUCUGGAGAACUUCUACUACGAGAAGAACUCCCAGGGGGCCAAGACGCCAACACAGCAACCUCAACCACGUGGUGAUGUGCCCACAGUGCGUCCUACAGACGGAGUCGAUGUCUAUUUCGAGAUGCCCAGUGAUGACAGCGAGCACGCCAACUUCCUCCGCGCCAAGAUGGAUCUGGAGGAGCGACGGAUGAAACGCAUCAAUGAGAUUAUGAAGGAGUGGGCCGAGGCUGAUAACCAGUCCAAGAACCUGCCGAAAUCAGACCGCCAGGCCCUGAAUGAGCAUUUCCAGGCCGUGUUACAGACUCUGGAGGAACAAGUAGCAGGUGAGAGGCAGAGGCUGGUGGAGACUCACCUGGCCCGCGUUGUAGCCACCCUGAACAACAACCGGCGUCUGGCCCUGGAGAGCUACCUGACCGCUGUGCAGAGCGACCCACCACAGCCCGAGCGAGUGCUGCAGGCUCUGAAGCGUUACUUGGCUGCCGAGCAGAAGGACCGGCGACACACACUGCGUCACUACCAGCACAUCGAGUCUGUAGACCCUCAGAAGGCCGAGCAGAUGAAGUUCCAGGUGUACACUCACCUUCAUGUGAUCGAGGAGAGGAUGAACCAGAGCUUGGCUCUUCUCUAUAAAGUUCCUACUCUGGCUGAAGAGCUCCAUGAUGAGAUCCAGGAACUGGUGCGGACGGAGAGGGGUGACAUCAGCGAGCUCAUGACCACGUCGUUCUCAGAGACACGCACCACGGAAGAGUUGCUUCCAGCCGAGAGUGAGGAAGAGAAGGAGGACGAAGAGGAGGAGGAAAGAGCUUUCCAGAACCGUCCUUACCCACCUCGCAUAGAUCCUCAGCCAAGCAGCAAGAAAGCGUCUGCUGUAGACGAGUACGAUUACAGCACGUCUGAGAGAGCUCCCACCUACGAAUAUGAAGAGAAGUUUAACACCUCGGUGGAGCUGAAGCAGGUGGUCUACAAGUCUCCAGGAAUUCAGCGUGAUGAGCUGCAGCCAGACGUUCUUGAGACGUUUAACCGCGGAGCCAUGGUGGGGCUUCUGGUGGUUGCUGUGGCAAUCGCCAUGGUAAUGGUGAUCAGUUUGCUUCUGGUGCGCCGUAAGCCAUACGGCACCAUCAGCCAUGGCAUUGUGGAAGUGGACCCCAUGCUGAGCCCAGAGGAAAGGCAGCUCAGUAAGAUGCAGAACCACGGCUAUGAAAACCCCACCUACAAAUUCUUUGAGCAAAUGAACUAAAAAAACAAGAAAAAAAAGAUCGAUCCCCUUUUUUCACUCACUUCCUGUUUACUGACAGGGUUUCCAUAGCAACCACCUAUCCCUUCCCCAACACUGUAUGUAUGUAUGUUUCCAUGACCAGUGAUCAAACUCAAACUCAAACAUGGCAGGCAAAUACCGAGUUUGCACUCAAAUGUUACUUAAAUGCUCUCACAAAUAAAUAAAAGAGAGACAACGAGUAGAUUUUUUUUUUGGUCUCUCUAAAACAAUUCCUUUUUGUUUAGGACAGUGCUGAAACUUUAGCAUGUCAUGCAAUCAUAUAUGAAGCAGAAAAUAAACGUUUCUGCUACUGCUCCAGUUUCAGCAUAGUAUUUUUUUAUAAUGGAAUAUGUUGGGGGAAAAAAACAACCUCAUUUAAACACUUUCUAUUGAUUUUUCAUUCCAAUUUUUUAUUUUA